CUAAUAUUUAGUUUCUGUACCCAGUGUGUGUUGUUAUUGUUGACAUCCUUUUGUGGGAUCUUUUCUGAACUGUGCUAGAUUCCUGUGAGAGAGGGAGAGCCAGCCGGGGGGAUAAAGGAGGACAGACCGAGACAGGGACUGAGACAGAAGGUGAGACAGAGUCCGGGUCGGGGUCUUCAGAGUGAUCAUGGCUCCGAGGAGGUUUGAAACUAAACCGGUGAUCUUCUGUCUGAAGACGCUGGUGCUGCUCUACUCCUUCAUCUUCUGGGUGUCAGGUGUGGUGCUGCUGUCGGUGGGGUUAUGGUGGAAGUUCAUGUUGGGCCCCUACAUGUUGUUGAUCUCCAGCGCCCCCUCCAACGCUCCCUACAUCCUGACGGGCACCGGGCUCGCUAUCAUCGUGUUCGGACUGUUUGGCUGCUUCGCCACCUGCAGGGGGCGCCCCUGGAUGCUCAGAGUGUACGCCGUCUUUCUGUCUGCCGUCUUCAUGACUGAACUCAUCGCUGGAAUCUCUGGAUUCGUCUUUCGUCACGAGAUUAAAGGGACGUUCCUCACCACGUACAGUGAAGCUGUGAUGACAUACGACGGUCGAGACGACAGGAGUCUGGCUGUGGACGGAGUUCAACGAAGAUUACAAUGCUGUGGAGUCUAUAACUACACCAGCUGGUUCAGCAGCGUGUAUUUCCCCGUCGGUGGAGUUCCCUCCAGCUGCUGCAUCAGUUACUCCGACUGCAGCUCAGCAGACCUGAAGAACACGACCCUGGCUGCACGUAAAGUCCACAAACAGGGAUGUUAUGAGUUGGUGACGUCGUUCAUCGAGAGCAACAUGGGAAUCAUCGCUGGAGUGACCUUUGGCAUCGCCUUCUCUCAGCUGAUCGGGAUGUCACUCGCCUGCUGUUUGUCCCGCUUCAUCAACGCCAACCAGUACGAGAUGGUGUAACAGGAAAGAGACGGGGAUGCUCGUCACCAUAGAAAAAGACUUCAGAUGGCCCGCUGCCUUGUGAUUCUGUGUUGAUUAUAUUUCUGUCUCCAACUUUGAUUUAAAGGUUUUAAUGUGAAUGUGAGGAGAACAGAGUGACUCUGUGUCAGUACGGCAAGCAGCAGGUCCAAAAUGUCUCUCACAGUGACAUGAGCCUUAAAGGUCAUAUAUCCUCCUCCUCCUCUCUCAGAGCUCCUCACAACAUGUCUGUGAAGCUUCUUGUUCUAAAUCCACUCUGAUCCUGCGCGCUAUUUGAGCCCGAGAUUAAAAACGACAGUGAUGAUUACAUACAGCCACAUGGGGGCGCUGUUUCAUUUACUCAUAAUGUAAAUGAUGUUAGUGAGUCUCAUUCUGAUGGAUAAUUAACGUCAGCUCAACCAGUUUUCAUCUCAUUCAACAAAAACUCUCAAAAAUGUCUUUAUAUAAUAAACUUUAUAUUUCAAUUUGCAUUUUUUUAAUCUUUAAAGUCUCAGAGGUGUUUUCAUUCUCCCACGAGGUGCCACUCCACAUAACACUGUAUGUAACUUUAUCUUGGUGCUUUCACAUCUUGUAAUCUUGUUUUCUGAAAUAUAAAUGAGUUCUGUCCUUGGUCAAA